AGUGGCCAAUAUUUGUUCUGAAAGCGUUGUUCUAAUUUUAUAGUCGUUGAACCCACUAAGAAAUAUCACUUUUCUCAGUAAUAACAUUUUAAAAUAUUGAUCAUAGCGUAGGUGCACAGUUUAAAGUAAUCUCAAAAGGUUUAGAGAAACUCCCUUUGACUCUCUGCAAUGGCGCCGCUCUUUGAUGAAACGCUGUCAGGACACUUGUUGGGCCCAACGCUUGUUUUGAUCAGAACCUCUGAAGGAAGCUGGCUGGUGUUAGAGACGUAUGAGCCAGAGAUUUCGACAGCAAUGGGCUCGACUGCAGAUGGCUGCAUUCAAUUCACACGCCAUGCAGGCGACGUCCUGCUCAACUUCAACCGCCUUCGCAGCCGGGAUAUCCUCACUGAUGUCACCAUACAGGUGGACGGACAGCAUUUUCAUGCUCACAAGGCCAUCUUGGUAGCCUGCAGUGGCUUCUUCUAUUCUGUGUUCAUGGACCCCAAGAACACAAACCUCAGUGCCAUCAGCUUAGACCCCAAAGUGGACCCCAAAGGGUUCUCCAUCCUGCUGGACUUCAUGUACACGUCCUGUCUGGACCUUAAGGACAGCCUCGUCCUGGCCACCAUGAACACAGCCAUCUACCUCCAGAUGGAACACGUGGUCGACACCUGCCACAGGUUCAUCAAUUCCAGCCAUCAGAUUGAAGAGGCACAGAUCAACUCAUCACAUCUGGCUGAGGAGAUCCCUGCUCUGAGGCCUGUUGAUGAGAACGAGCCGGAAUUUAGAAACAACCACACUUCAAUCACGUCCCCUCUCCGGGAGUGCAGGGGCUACACUACCAGUGUUUUCAGGGGGAUCAACACCUCCGGCUCCUAUCAUGUCUACGGUGAUUCCCACGUCCCUGCUGGGAAGCUGGAAGGUUCCCAUAAGGUCAGCGACCUUCCUAGAGGAGGGGCUUUGUCCCAGCAACGAUUCUCACAGGUACCCAGCGCCAACAUGGGUCACAAGGAGUCCUCCACCAUCAUCUCCCACCCCAGCUUCCCCACCACUAUCAUCCGACCCGCAGGAGCCCAGAGGCCCGUCUCUCCCAUGGUCGAAGAAAGCAUACAGCAUCCACAAACCAGCUGCCUAAGAUCGUCUCCAGGUUUGAGCAAAGGUGUGAUUUGUAGCCCUCAAAGCCCCCUCAGAUCUGACUGCCAGCCCAACUCGCCCACUGAGUCCAACAGCAGCAGAAACGCCACGCUGAGCCUCAGACAGCCCUCAGACUGUCCCAAUGACAGCAAGGCCCGCAACUGGAAGAAGUACAAGUUGAUCGUUAUGAACCAAACUCCUGACGAGAAUGAAAAAGAAACUUGGGGAGGCAGCGCUGAAGCUACACACAUGUCCCCUACCCUGAGCCCCUGCAGGAGUGCUGCAGCAGGUGGACACAGUGAGGUGCAGGCCGAAGAGGGAGCCAGCGAGCACAGAGAAGAAAUCCUCAUGUCUCAGAGUGUCGACAGCUGCAGCAGCAGCACCUGUAGCAGCAUCAGCUACCGCAGAUGCUCGUCCUGCGGCUGUGACAGCUCCCAGUGCAUGGACAUGGGUCACCUCUCUCCUGACUCCUACGGACGAGAUGACACCACCAAGCUACACUCAGAGUAUUCCUCCUCCGGCUGUGAAAGCAACAUCUACUUCUGUAACGGGUGUGACUCCAAGUUCCCAGAGGAAGAUUCCCUGAAAGAACACAUGGCCCAGGUGCACAGUGACAAGCCAUACAAGUGUGAUUGCUGCCAGGCUGCGUUCCGCUAUAAGGGCAACCUGGCCAGUCACAAGACCGUUCACACCGGUGCGAAGCCCUACCACUGCAACAUCUGCGGGGCUCAGUUCAACCGGCCAGCAAACCUCAAGACCCACACCCGCAUCCACUCCGGAGAAAAGCCAUACAAGUGUGAGACAUGCGGCUCCAGAUUUGUCCAGGUGGCCCAUCUCCGCGCCCACGUGUUGAUUCACACAGGAGAGAAGCCGUACCCUUGCGAGAUCUGCGGAACUCAUUUCCGCCACCUACAGACGCUCAAGAGCCACAUGCGCAUUCACACUGGAGAGAAGCCUUAUCAUUGUGAAAAAUGUGACCUUCACUUCAGACACAAGAGUCAGCUGAGGCUUCAUCUGCGACAGAAGCACGGUGCGGUCACUAACACCAAGGCUCAGUACCGCAGGACUCCCAGCAACAUGAUCACGGGCCUGCUGAGCUCCUGCUGAGCCCGCUCUGUCCGCUCUGCUCCCCUUUUGCAUCGGCCGCAGUGUUGUCAAAAGAUUCUUUGUUUUUUAACAAACAGAAACAUAAAUAUUAUAUAUAUGUUUGCCCUUUAUGCAUUAGUAAAUGAUGCACAUUUCUUUUUGGUAUUUCAAAGAUUGUAGAAGUUUAUGCUUUCGCUGUGAAUGUCUUAACAGAAUGUACGUUUUGAAUGUGAAUGAGAGCAGGCAUUUCUCUUUUUGGCAAAUCACUUAACAGAAUGUCAGCGUUGAAGGACGGUCCUCUUUCUUAUUCGGACACAAAUCACUGUUACAGUUUUGCUUUGGAUAUUGGUAUGAAUUUUCCCAGCAAUGUGGUCACAGUUAUUUUUCAUUAGGUUGUUUUUUGUAUAUAAGAUAAUAUAUAUUUUCAGAUUGCCAUCUGCUGGCAGAGUACGAAUAUAUUUGCGUUACGAUUGUCAAUAACACAACGGCUUGUUAUUUUUGCCAUUUUGUAGUUUGUGGUACGUAUUGUGAUAUGUACAUAUUGUCAUUCAUUUAAAAGAAAGAUUGUUAUGUAUAUAUUCUUCUUUUUUUCAACCAUUUAUAGCCUGUUGGUGUUUUGCACAUACUCAUAAUGCUAUAAUUCAUAUAUUUUCAUACUUUUCAUUCAGAUAAUUGUACUUUAAAGCUCUUGACAUGUUGACAUUGUUUGUUAGACCCAGCACUUGCUAUUUUCUUAUUUAUACUCAUUUGUCUUUGCUGUAUUCCAUUACAUUUUGGUGCUGCAAUGAUCCAGCUGGAUUCAUAACAUUUGAUCCUAUUUUAUCUAACCAUGUGUAUUAUAGUGCAUCUGUACAAAGCAGUGUAUUAAUAGUGCCUUACAUUCAGACUUCUGUAUUUGCUACCAUCCCAGUCUACCUAUAAAUAUGUUAUAACUUUGACGAUAUGAAAGCUACGGUAGUUAUGAACUGCUGUUGUGAUGCAGUUCACUUUUGGUAAAUUGCCCUGUUGUCAUGUGUUUGCAUGGCUGGUACUUUUGUUGUGGAAGCUGAUUAUCUGUUGAGUGUAGCUCUUAUAAUGCAGACGCACCAGGCCUCAAGCUAAAAAACGCUCAGGAAUAUUAGUAAUAUGUAAGUAAAUGUCUUUGUAACUGCAGAUUAUAUAUAUAUAUAUAUAUAUAUAUAUAUAUAUUAAAACAAAUAUAUAUAUAUAUGAUACAUGAAAAUAAAAAUGUAUUAUGUAGCA